CUUAACGCAUGCGCAUUCGCACCAAGCACCUGUGUCGGAAAUCACGAAGUACUAGCAGGAACAAAGAUUUUUAUCUUCCAAUUUCAGGAUUUCUGCGCUUAAACAGACAGUGACAUAACACAAAAUGGAUGAUGAUGAUGAAGAUAUUCACUACUGCCUCAUAUGCAACAAAACUGUGUCCGGGCUUGUUAAUUAUAUAAACCAUAAAAAGAAUGAGUGUCCUGGAAGGAAGAGCAAAGUUAAGCCGGAUACCAGUUUACAAAAUACAGUCAGCAUUGAUGGACCUGAUAAAUUUGAGAACCAGUCCUUUCCAGAUUUGAGUAAACAAGAUGAACAACACUUGAACCAGUCUUAUCAAACAGACAGUUAUGGUGCUUUUACUACAACCAGUCCAAGUUCUGCCUUUCAUGAUCAAAGCUCUUUUUUAAGCUCUGGAACAAUUGUUACAGCUGAUAAUCAACUUGAGACAACCCCUGAUGAUUAUAAGAACAUUUUGACUUGUACAACACAAACAACCAAUCAAGAGAGUAUUUUCAUUUCAACACAGUUGAACUUACCUGAUACGUCUGUUGUAACCAUAGAUACUAAUACCUUAUCUUGUAGUCUCAGUCCAAUAUUCUCAACAGCCGGGAAUACAAGAGGUUCAUAUUUACCAUCACUCACUGAAGAUUUCGGUCUGCUAAGCGCAAGUGUCUCUGGAAACAGAAACAAUAUCCCUGUCCAAGGACAUUUCAAGCCUGAAGGUCAUCAUAAGGUCAAGGUCAAUGAAUUACCAAAUGAAGAUCAAAUUACUAAAGGAGACUGUGACCAAGUAGAUGAUUUCUUUCAAUCACUGGAACUUAUGAGCAAAUCUGAUCCAAGAGCGGACAAGAGUUCCAACUUCACACAAUUACCUAUAUCUAAUAUACUGAAUAACCUUACAUUCAGUGAUGAUGAGGAUUUGGGUUUUGAUUUUGGGGAUGACAUGUCUCUGGAUAGUUUAUCUGAUGGUGAGGAUGUUAGAGCGCCACCUGGUAAUCAUACUGGUGGCAAGUGGAAACCUGGAGAAAAACCUUUGGCAUAUAGGAAAUACAGACAUGGGUAUCGUGGGAAGUGGCCGCCAGGUGAAAGACCCCCUCAAACGGCUAUACGAGGUAGGCGAGGCCCACUAAGCAGGGGGAAGAACAUCGCCCUCAUACCAGGACAUAAACCUAGGCAUAUUAAGAAAGACAAGAAAGCUGCAAACAAAAGUGCAGGAAACAAGAUUUUUAUCUGUAAUUUUUGUAACAUUACAUUUGUGAAUCGUUUUCAAUAUUCCAAUCAUUGUGGCUCAAAACUCCAUAAAGAAAAUGUUUUUGGUAACAGAGAUAAUCUUGAACAAAAUCCUGAAAAUGAUAGUAAAACUGUUGUUGAUGCUGAGCCAGAAUUGGAAAGUCAGCAAAAUUUGAGUCAUGAUGAAGUUAUUGGAGAAGACAGGGAAGAAGAUGUAAAAGAUGAUGAAGAUAGUCAUCUAACAGAUGAGUACUUUGAUGAACAUAAUGAUAAGAUGAAUAUUGAUGAUAUAGAAAAAGACAAAUCAACAAAUAUAAAUGACACAGAUUCAAAAGAGGAAAUGAAAUAUGUAGAGGUGGCAGUUCAGCUUCAUAUUUGUACUGUGUGUGAUAAAAAGUUUCAUAAUAAGUACAUGUUAGCACGACAUCUUUUGACGAAGUUUCAUAGCAACCGUUCAUUAGCCGAUAAAGAAGGUCACAAUGAGUUAGUUAAAAAAUAUCACAAGUGUAUUGUUCGUCUAAGUCCAUUCCAGUGCAGUAUAUGUCGCUUUUAUUUCAAUAGUAAUGAAGAUUUUGUAAAGCAUUUGAAAAGUGAAGAUCAUAAGGAAAAUUGUGAAGAUCUUGUAGGGGAGAUACAGUGCACGCUUUGUCAUUUUAAGACUCACUCAAGAGAAGAAAUUGCUGAACAUUUUGAUUCCACUGAACAUAUCGAAAAAAUCGGAAAACGCAACAAAAUUUGUAUCAUUAAAGAAUGUCAUGCAGGUUGCAUUUGCAAGUUCUGUGGACUAAAGAUGCACUCUUAUGAGCGUUUACAGAGGCAUAUUAAACUGAAACAUGCUGAUGGCAAAGUUGUUACAGGAGUUCUAAAGAGGGAGAUAGGUGUGAGGAACAGACCAAAAUGUGCUGAAUGUAAUUACCAAUCAUCCUCAAUAAGUUCGCUGUUGAUUCAUAUGCGACGUCGGCAUCUGGCAGAAAAGCCAUACAAGUGCGACAUUUGUUGCAGAGCCUUUGCUGACAAACAUAGCUACAAAUUGCAUCUGAAAUCUGCACUGCACAACCGUAACAAGCUGAAAUUUGAAUCAAAUGAAGCUGAAAAAAAAGAAAGUGAAAGAACAGAAAAUGAAAUAAAAACAAGAAAAGAUGAAAGUGAUAGAGAAGAACCUAAAGAUUUAGACAAUGUUAGGAAAGAAACAUCAGGAGAUGAAGGUGAUAAUUCAAAAUCUUCACAAGUACAGAUUGAUGAAUUGGAUGUACGUCAAGAGUACUUUGAGGGAGAUAACCUUCACCUUGUCACUGACCUUGAUAGCAGUACUGGUAAAGAAUGGGGGUCAAGGACAACAGAAAGAAAGAAAAGAGAACGGAGGUCAAGGAAAAAGGCAGAUCCAUAUGGAUAUUCUCCAAAAGAUAAAAAGAGUAUUAAGUGUAAUCAUUGCUCUUUUACUGUGACAGAUUAUGAUGAUUUAAGACCACAUUACAUGAAGGAACAUUCAGCUAAAAUCAGAAUUUGUGAGCUUUGUGAUACAGUUUUCUUGUCAGAAAAAGCAUUAAAGUUACAUGUGUUGAGUAAAGAACAUCAAGCUAAUAUUGAAUUGUCUGGGGAUACUAAAACAAGUACUGAUCAAUAUUUUCAGUGUGAUGUGUGUAAAAAGAAAUUCACUGAUGAGAAAUACUGUAAGUUCCAUACAGCUUAUCAGCACUUUCACAGUACAACAGAACAAGAAGUAUAUAAGCAGAACGGUUAUAAAAGUAUUACAAGAGAGAAGUUUGCGGGUUUUCUUAAAACAGUAGAAAAUGUUGGCUAUAAAGAACAAUUGCAGUGUCCAGAAUGCGAUACAGUUAUCAAGAAGAAUAACUUGAUGGUUCACUUGAGAAAUCAUACUGAUGAAAGGCCAUUUCUCUGCAAAAUUUGUCCAAAUACCUUCAAAUCAAAUUACACACUUCGUAAACAUUUGCUGAAGCAUUUUGGUUGCUUGGAGAGAAAUUGUGACAUUUGUGGUAAGCAUUUCAACAAGCCGUCUAACUAUGAAGAGCAUAUGGAGCUUCAUGCUUUACAGAAAGCUAAUAAAGAAAAGUCUCACAUAUGUGAUGUUUGUGGUCAGGCAUUUUAUGUUGAGAAGCAGUUAGCCGUUCAUUUACGUAGACAUCGAACGAAGGAUAUGAAAUGUGACCACCCUGGUUGUCAUUGGAAAUUUGCGUUUAGGCACGAGUUGAAUGCACAUAGACGCACCCAUAACAAUGAAAGGAAAUAUUUGUGUGACACAUGUGGAUUUGCUGCAUUUGAAAAGUAUCAUCUACGAAGGCAUGAAAAAAUUCAUAAGAAUGAACGGAAGUUUCACUGUGAAUAUUGCACGUACAAGGCUGGUAACAGAACGCAUUUAAAACGCCAUAUGAGGAUUCAUAUUGGUUCGAAACCCUUUAAAUGUCCAUACUGUAGUUUUGCCUGUAAUACACACGAAAACAUAAGAAAACACAUUUUAGAAACAAAAAAGCAUGAGGGUUUAAAAGUUUAUCCAUGCAAGUUUUGUGAUUUUGGGACCAACGUAAGUAAAGAGUUUAGAGGUCAUUUGAUGUCCAAUCACCCGAAAGAGUCUGAUGAUGGUGCUAGACAGAUGCCCCUUUCCGUGUUUACCGGACUCUUCCAGAAGCAGGAAGAUAUCGACAAACCUGCCGAGGGAACGAAAGUUCUUCCCUGCAAGGAAAGAAAAAUAAAGAAAAAACCAAGUGGAAAAUUGAAUGAAGUCUCAGUGAGCGAUCAUGAUGACUGGACAGGAAGGAAUCGGCCUGGCGUCAAGAAAGAAAAAGGAAAAAGGAAAUUUGAAACUUCUGACCAUGUUAUGGAAAACCAGGAAGUUCAUCAUGCAUAUGAUUUAUCAAUGAAGGAUAGGAGAAUGUCUUUUCAACAACCAGAUAUUGUCAAGAAUGAUUUUGACCAAAUGACUCAACCUUAUUCAACAGGUUUAGUUCUGCAAAGGCAAACACCAUCUCCUAGUUCAACAUAUGUAACGAACAUUUCAGAGCCUUACCAAAGAUAUCAAGGACUUGUAAACGCGCAUAUUGGUGUAAGUGCAAGUGCCCAGCUUGGUGUGAAUUCAGCUCUUGACCUUGGAAUAAGACAUGUUCAGCAGGGUUCCCAACAAGUUCAAAACCCAGUAUCUGGUUUACCUGGACAAUACCAUGAGCAGGAAUUUAUGAAAGCAAACCAAGAAGAAAUUAUGCAGUACCAUGAUUAUUCUAACAAGUUUGGAUUGUCAAGGAAUAGAGAAGAUACAGAAUCAGGCAACCUAGUAAUUGACCUGAACUUCCAGUCACAUCAAUGAGAAGAAAUAAAAUUCUUUAUCAGAUACCAGUGCCGAUUUUGCAAGUCCGUAAAAGUGCAUGGCAGUGCAUAUAUUUUGAUGUGACAUCAUUUGUGUUACACAAACAUAGUGUAAAGACGCGCUAAAUGAUAGCGUUACACAAUAGGCGCGUCAAUGAAAAAUUAUUCUUUUGCUUUUUAAAUAACAUAUAUUAUAUUUGUGUAGGUGUAUUACUGAAUUUAAUGAACUUGUUGAAUUAAAUAAUAUUUUGCUGGCUAUAGGCUCACUUAAUAUAAUAUUAUUCAACUUGUUCAAUAAAUUCGGUUUUGAACCUACAUUUAUUCAAUAUUCUCAAUUUACAUGUAUUUGCACUUAGCUAUAAUAACAUACAUAUGUGAUCAUACCAACUUUCAUGUGGAGCACAUCCAUGCCAUCUGACCAGGGUCUGCCUACUUAGCUGAAUAGGGAGAGCAUCAGAUUGGUAAUCAAGGGGAAGCUGGUUCUAUCCUUGAGGAAUAUUCUCUGUGACAAUUGAAGUCAAACAUGAAAAAUGUGUUAAAAUCAGCAUAAAAAACAGACAAUAACCAACAAAACCCAGGGUCUGUACUGUUGACUGCUCAACUUAGGAACUUUGAUUUUGAAAUGCGCUAAACUUUGAAUGGACUGCUCCUGUACAAAAAGCAAGGCAAGUUGAUUAUGCAAAUUGAGGAAUUAAGUGUUAAAGAAUGGUAACAGUGUAUUAAAUGUAUUCAAUUUGUUAAUUUUGUACAUUAUGUGAACACUUAAUCAUUGUAUUAAUUAUUUUUGCUUUUAAGAAGUAUAAGAAAAUGCAUGUGUGUCAAAAUAUUUGCCAUCAUUAUCUCAUGAAAAUGUUAGGUCUCUUUAUUUCAAUUAAAAGAAAAUAUCUAAAAAAAAACCUAGGAAUAAGAUUGCAAGGUAUAUCUUUGACAAUUUGGUUAAGCGUAUGAUUUGAUAGUUACAUGCAGACAUAAGGGUAGUACUGGUGUUAGAGCUGUCAUUGAUUAAGUACAAAGCAUAUUGAUGAUACAUUGAUAUCGGAUGACAAAUAUUGGCGAUAUAUCGAUAAAUAUUCCUAAUUUGUAAAUUUUUCUAACAUCAUUUGGUUUAUUGAAGUCAUAUUUGAUGUCAUAUAACGUGUAAGCAUUCCUUUUUUAUGCUAUGCAUAUAUCGUGUAAUAAUGAAUCAAUCUGUUUAAUAGGGAAAAGUGUGAAGCGUCUAAGAAUGUAAAUUUUGUAGUCAUUUGAUCUUCAUUAUUGUUGAUAUACAUUGUAUGUAUUUUUGUUUUUGUCAGAACUUUUGUUGAAACUCAAAAACCAUUAACAUUUUGAUAUAAUUUUAUGGGUUUUUUUCAGUUUGUACAUGUAUAUUGUUAUUUAUUAUUUAUGCAUCAUCAUCUUCUAUACUGUGCGUAGCUUCAUUUUUGUAUUGUGAUUUUGAAAUCCAUAAAACUUUAAACAUACUGUUGUUCUAAAUUUAAAGCUAAGCAAAUCUGAGGGCUUCCAAUAAGUUCCAAAAUAUGGAAGUCAAUUAUAAUAAUUUAUAUAAAUGUAGUUGAAAAACACACCCUUUGCAAGGGAAAGAUAUCAUAAAUAAAUUUUGACUUAAAUCUCAUGCUUCGUCUUAAAAGACCGUUGGAUUAAGCGUUUCCCUUGCACAGUCAUAUAAUACACAUUUGACUGUAUCUUGAAAUUGACUAUAUUAAUUGAAUGAAAGAAUGUAUAUUACAAUUUUUGUCCCCCGCUGUUUCGAAGAAAAAAGGGGGAUAUAGUAAUAGGCUCUGUCCGUCUGUCCGUCCGUCCGUCACACUUUCGUGUCCGGUCCAUAACUUUGUCAUUUAUCAAAGGAAUCUGAAAUAACUUGGCACAAAUGUUUGUUAUAAUAAGACGAUGUGUCAUGCGCAACAAUCAGACCCCUAACUCCAAGGUCAAGGUCACACUUGCUCAUUCAAGGUCAACAUUGUCUAUUUGAUGAUAUAUGUCGUGUCCGGUCCAUAACUUUCUUAUCUAUGAAGGGAUUUUGUAAAUACUUGCCAUAAUUGUUCACAAUAAUCAGACGAUGUGUCAUGCGCAACAACCGGUCACCUACCUCCAAGGUCAAGGUCACACUUGGAGGUCAAAGAUUAACAUAGUCUAUUACAGGGUAUAUUUAGUGUCCAGUCCAUAACAUUUUUAUAGAUCGAAGGAUUUUGUAAAUACUUGCCACAAAUAGUAACAAUAAUGAGACGAUGUGUCAUGCACAACAACCGGUCACCUACCUCAAAGGUGAAGGUCACACUUGGAGGUCAAAGAUUAACAUAGUCUAUUACAGGGUAUAUUUUGUGUCAGGUCCAUAACUUUUUCAUUUAUCAAAGGAAUCUGAAAUAACUUGGCACAAAUGUUUGUUAUAAUAAGACGAUGUGUCAUGCGCAACAACCACACCCCUACCUCCAGGGUCAAGGUCGCACUUGCUCAUUCAAGGUCAACAUUGUCUAUUUGAUGGUAUAUGUUGUGUCCGGUCCAUAACUUUCUUAUCUCUGAAGGGAUUUUGUAAAUACUUGCCACAAUUGUUCACAAUAAUGAGACGAUGUGUCAUGCGCAACAACCGGUCACCUACCUCCAAGGUCAAGGUUACACUUGGAGGUCAAAGAUUAACAUAGUCUAUUACAGGGUAUAUUUUGUGUCCGGUCCAUAUCUUUUUUAUUGAUGAAAGGAUUUUGUAAAUACUUGCCACAAAUAGUCACUAUGAUAAGACAAUGUGUCAUGCACAACACCUGCAUCCCUACCUCCAGGUUCAAGGUCACACUUAGAGGUCAAAUGUCAAAUGUUAACAUAGUCUGUUUUAGGGUAUAUUUUGUACUUCUUCAGGAUUUUGAAAUAACUAGGCACAAAUAGUCACAAUAAUAAGACAAUAUGUCAGGUACAACACCUGCACCCCUACCUCCAAGGUCAAGGUCACACUUAGAGGUCAAAGGUUAACAGAGUCUGUUAUAUGGUUUAUUUUGUGUCCUGUCUAUUACUUCUUCAUAGA